GAUUGGGUUGGCAAGCAACUGGAAUUAGAACGGAUUCCGAUGAAGCCGUUCGUAUUUCAAUACUUCGAACUCAAAUAAAUUGUAGUCCUUUCCCUCUUAUUUUGGACGGUUUUAUCGUUUAUUGUUUCAUCUUCAUUCUCGUUUUCUCUCUAGACACUCUGUUGAAUUUAAUUGAUUAUUGAGUUUGAUUUGAUUCACUGCUGUUCAAAGAAAGCAACCAUCAACCAUUAGCCAUUAACCUUGAAAAGCCCCUUGGCAAAGAUCAAUCACGUUUGGGCCUUCUGUUGUUUCGCUUCUAAACGUGCUCCAGAACCCGAACUUAAUUCAACCCAUUAUUCCAUCACUCACAUCUUCCUCCGUCUCCAUCUCCAACAAAACAAUAACAACAAAUACCUACGCAACUCGAUUUAUUCACGACACGAACUCUUGCUGAGCCUUUUCUUAUUUCAAUAGCAGCGCCCGCAAAUUUCACGACUCGCUCUCUACGAUCAAAUUCAUACCGAUACCCACAAACACAACACAAUGGCGGACCACCGAGAACCUCAAUAUGAUCCUUAUAUCCCCAGCGGAGGAGCUGCUGGUGCCGGUGCAGGUUCCCAACAAGCAGGAGGUAACCAGAGGACGGCGGCAUUACAAGCUACUAUCGAUGAUACCGUUGGUGUAAUGCGCGAGAACAUCAACAAGGUCUCAGAACGUGGUGCUCAUUUAGAUUCUCUUCAAGAUAAAACCGAUAGUCUCGCAGUUUCAGCGCAAGGUUUCCGUCGUGGAGCCAACAGAGUCCGCAAGCAAAUGUGGUGGAAGGAUAUGAAGAUGAGGAUGUGCUUGAUUGCAGGCAUUAUCAUCUUAAUCAUUAUCAUCGUAGUUCCUGCUGUUGUUGCUACCAAGCAUUAAAUUAAGUACGAACGUAGAAUGGGAAAACGGACUUGAAUGACGGGAUACUUGGGUACAGAGAUUAUGAGACAUGAACGUUUGUAUGGACUUUCAUGGAACGAAACACUUGACACCAGAUUCUCUUGAGCUUUUGCAUGGGGGACCUGCAAAGCUAGGAGGGCAACGAAGGGGCUUUUAACGAUUCAGGAGUUGAGAUUUUUGAGAUUUUUUACAUGAUCGGUUCUUCCUUUUUUUCAUGAAGGCGUCACUUUGAUAUCGUUUGACUUGAUGAGCCUCUAAUCCAUUUCUUAUGAUCUAACUUGGUUUGGCUCUGGUCAACGAUCUUCAAUCAGACUACGAACAUGGACGAAUGGUUACUCAGCUCGAAAGGGGGAUUUGUAUCUUGUAGUAUUUGGUGUGUGGUAAUUGAAUGGAGAGAUUA